AUGGCAAGCCAAGAUGCUGCGUCGACGGUGCAAGGGAGCGGAGCAGACGCUUCACCGCACCAGGAGGUCAUCAUCCACAGGACCGUGCGGGACGUUGGCGGGGCCAACUGGCCGGUCCUCACACGCACAAACUACGGCGAGUGGGCGGUGCUGAUGAAGGUCAAGUUGCGUUCGCGCAAGCUUUGGCGGGCCAUCGAAGAAGGCACCGAAGAUGAAGAAGAGGAUUGCACAACUAUGGAAGCGAUUCUGUCCGCUGUGCCUCACAAGUACGUGGAGUCACUGGUCGCAAAGGACUCCGCAAAGGCUGCUUGGGACGCCCUCAAGGCCAUGCGCAUCGGGCGCAUCGGGUCUGAUCACGCAAAGAAGGCGAAGGCGCAGCAGCUGCGGCGAGAGUAUGAGGCGUUGGCGUUCCGCGACGACGAGGCAGUGGAAGAUUUCUCGCUCCGCCUGCAGUCGCUCGUCAGUCAGCUGGCGUCGCACGACGUCACCAUCACCGACGAGGAGGCGGUCGCGAAAUACUUGUGCAUCGUGCCGCCUAAGUACGCCCAGAUCGCGCUCUCCAUCGAGACGUUGAUCGACUUGUCCACCCUCACGAUUGAGAAUGUGACUGGGCGCUUGCCGGCGGUGGAUGACCGCGUGGAGACGGCGACGGUAACUACCAGCAACAAGUUACUACUGACCGAGGAAGAAUGGGCGGCUCGUAUGCGCGAGCGGCGGCCCGAGGAAAGCUCCUCUAGCCGUGGCGACUACGGCAAGCGCCGUGGCAAGGAGAAGAAGGAGGCGCACCUCGCGCAGGUGAACGAUGAGGAGCCAUCUCUUCUCAUGGCGAAGUUCUACACGUUGCACGACGUCGAGCCAGAGUUGGAGAAAGUCAAGGCGGCGGCUGCGGAGCAGGGAAAGGCACUGCAGGCAGUUUACCUCGACGAGUCGCGUGCCCAAGUCCACCUUGUACGAAUGGGCGGUGGCAUGAAGCAGCGGUGGUAUCUGGACUCCGGCGCCAGCAGCCACAUGACCGGCUCCAAGGAAGCCUUCUCCGAGCUUCAUGAAAGCGUAACGGGGACGGUGAAGUUUGACAACGGCUCGAAGUUGCGUUCAAACAUCAUCAGCAUCGGGCAACUGGACGAGCAUGGCUGCGAGGUGCUUGUUAAAGGCGGAGUGCUAAAGCUCAGGGACCGAGAACAGCGGCUGCUGUCCAUGGUCCAGCGUUCCCAGAACCGCCUCGACUUGAAAGUGGAGCAGUCGGUGUGCUUGGCGGUACGGCACACCGAGGAGCCAUGGCUAUGGCAUGCUCGAUUCGGCCAUUUGAGCUUCGACGCACUCGGCCGGCUGAGGAAGAUGUUGCGCGAGCUCCCGCACAUCGAGCAUGCAGGCGAGCUGUGUGACAGCUGCCUGGCAGGAAAGCAAAGGCGGUUGCCUUUCCCCAAGGCGACCAAGUAUUGUGCGGCGAACGUCCUCGAGCUCGUCCACGGCGACCUCUGCGGGCCGGUCACGCUUGUUACGCAUUGCGGACGACGCUACUUCCUACUGCUCGUGGACGACUGUAGCCGUUUCAUGUGGUUGCAGCUCUUAACGAGUAAGGAUCAGGCGGUGGAGGCAAUCAAGCGGUUCUAG